GGGCAGCGCCUCUCAACCAGUGCUCUCCAACACACCCCCCCGGCCCCUCACUCACACCCUCCGGUCCUUCCCCACCACACCCUCCGGUCCUUCCUCACCACACCCCCUCCGGUCCUUCCCCUCAACACACCCCUCCGGUCCUUCCCUCACACACCCCCUCCGGUCCUUCCUCACACACCCCCUCCGGUCCUUCCCCUCACCACACCCCCCGGUCCUUCCCUCAACACACCCCUCCGGUCCUUCCUCUCUACACCCCCCGGUCCUUCCCUCACCACACCCCCGGUCCUUCCUCAACACACCCUCCGGUCCUUCCCUCAACACACCCCCGGUCCUUCCCUCACCACACCCUCCGGUACCCUCACCACACCUCCCUCCGGUCCCUCAACACACCCCCCGGUCCUUCCCUCAACACACCCCUCCGGUCCUUCCCUCACCACACCCUCCGGCCCUUCCCCCUCACCACACCCUCCGGUCCUCCCCUCCGGUCCUUCCUCAACACACCCCCCUGGCCUUUCCUCACCACACCCCCGGUCCUUCCUCACCACACCCCUCCGGUCUUCCUCACCACACCCCCUCCGGUCCUUCCCUCAACACACCCUCGGUCCUUCCCCACCCCCUCCGGUCCUUCCUCACCACACCCCCCUCCGGUCCUUCCUCAACACACCCCCUCCGGUCCUUCCUCAACACACCCUCCGGUUCCCUCACCACACCCUCCGGCCCUUCCUCAACACACCCUCCGGUUUCCUCACCACACCCCCGGCCCUCACCACACCCCUCGGCCCUCCCUCCGGCCCCUCCUCAACACACCCUCCGGCCUCCCCCCCCGUCCCUCCUCACCACACCCUCCGCCUCCUCCGGUCCUUCCCCUCAACACACCCCCUCCGGUCCUUCCUCAACACCCCUCCGGUCCUCCUCACCACACCCCCCGGUCCUUCCUCAACACACCCCCGGUCUUCCUCACUACACCCUCCGGUCCUUCCCUCACCACACCCCUCCGGUCCUUCCUCACCACACCCUCCGGUCCUUCCUCACCACACCCCUCCGGUCCCCCACCACACCCUCCGCCCUCCCUCACCACACCCCCCCGGCCCUUCCUCAACACACCCUCCGGUCCUUCCUCACCACACCCCCCGGUCCUUCCUCAACACACCCUCCGGCUCCUCCCUCAACACCCCCUCCGGUCCUUCCCCUCACCACACCCUCCGCCCCCCCCUCCGGUCCUUCCUCACCACACCCCCGGUCCUUCCUCAACACACCCCUCCGGUCCUUCCCCUCACACACCCCUCCGGUCCUUCCCUCACCAGCACCCCUCCGGUCCUUCCUCAACACACCCCCGGUCCUUCCUCACCACACCCCUCCGGUCCUUUCCCUCACCACACCCCCUCCAGUCCUUCCUCACCACACCCCCGGCCCCCCCCUCCGGUUUCCCCUCAACACACCCUCCGGUUUCUCACCACACCCCCCGGCCCUUCCCUCAACACACCCCCGGCCCUCCCCCUCCGGCCCCUUCCCCCUCAACACACCCCCUCGGCCCUCCCCCGGUCCUCACACACCCUCCGGCCCUCCCUCCGGUCCUUCCCUCAACACACCCCCGGUUCCUCAACACCCCCCGGUCCUUCCUCACCACACCCUCCGGUUCCCUCAACACACCCCUCCGUCCUUCCUCACCACACCCUCCGGUCCUUCCCUCACCACCCUCCGGUCUUCCUCACCACACCCUCCGGUCCUUCCUCAACACACCCCCGGUCCUUCCUCACCACACCCUCCGGUUCCCUCACCACACCCUCCGGCCUUCCCCCAACACACCCCCGGUCCCUCCUCACCACCCCCCGGUCCUUCCUCAACACACCCCCUCCGGUCCUUCCCUCACCACACCCUCCGGUCCUUCCUCACCACACCCCCUCCGGUCUUCCCUCACCACACCCCCUCCGGUCCUUCCUCACUACACCCCUCCGGUCCUUCCCCACCACACCCUCCGGCCCUUCCCCUCACCACACCCCUCCGGCCCUUCCCCCUCACCACAACCCCCGGCCUUCCCUCACCACACCCCCCGGCCCUUCCCUCACCACACCCUCCGUCCCUCCCCACCACCCCCGGUCCUUCCUCACCACACCCCCUCCGGUCCUUCCCUCACCACACCCCCUCCGGUCCUCCUCACCACCCCCUCGGUCCUCCUUACCACACCCCCGGUCCUUCCCUCACCACACCCCUCCGGUCCUUCCUCACCACACCCUCCGGCCCUUCCUCACCACACCCCCUCCGGUCUUCCCUCACCACACCCCCUCCGGUCCUUCCUCACCACCACCUGAGUCAGCAGCAGCAAGGUCACAGUGA